UUUGUUUUGAAUCGGUCGUCAUCGUCGUCGAUGGGUGGGAUUGGUGGUAAAGGGUGGGAAAAUUGUGUUUUCUGUGCCAGAUCCGUAUGUGCAUAGCGAAGUUUUAGUGGUGCUUUCUUUGACCGAGUGUGACGAAAACCUUUGGGAAGCAAUUUGUACCUUUCGCCCAAGGGGAUACAGCGUUCAUCACAGUCACACAGAAAGCAGAAAAGCCACACCAUCAUCUCUGUCGAAGACGAUGUCAUUCUUUGGUUCACGCGACCAUGAAGGCUACGUUGGCAGAGAGGAACAUAUGCGAAAACUCGAGUCGGCCAACUCGGAAGAUGAUACCGAUAUGGUGGAACUGGCGCUCGGUGGACUACACAUCGCCGAAGGUGUUAGGCCCACGGCGGGUGGUCCCUUUUCCGCCCUUACACCAUCGAUGUGGCCCCAGGACAUACUGACCAAGCUGGGCCAACCGGAUCCGGACGAACCGCCAAACCAUCAGCCCGACUAUCGGUUCGACGAGUUUGGAUUUCGGGUCGAGGAAGAGGACGGUCCGGAACCGAGCUCGAACAAGCUGCUGAGCAUACCCUUCAUCGAAGAUCCGGCCCAACGGUUGCAGUGGAUCGCUCAUCUGGAGUUUUCCCACAACAAGGAAGCGACCGAACUGACGUGGGAAAGCGUUGACGUGGUGCUGCCCCGCACGGAGAAGCUACGCUCGAUGGUGCGGGCAGGCAUUCCGCACUCGCUGCGACCGCAGAUGUGGAUGCGUCUGUCCGGUGCGUUGCAGAAGAAGCUAAAGUCGGAAACGAGCUACCAGGAAAUCGUGAAAGCAUCCUCCAACGAUCAGCUGAUGACGUCGAAACAGAUCGAAAAAGAUCUGCUGCGCAUCAUGCCCACGAACGCUUGCUUUAGUUCGCUGAACGGAACCGGUGUGCCACGGUUGAGACGUAUACUGCGUGGGAUCGCUUGGCUGUAUCCGGAUAUCGGGUACUGUCAGGGGACGGGCGUGAUUGCGGCAUCUCUGUUGCUGCUGCUCGAAGAAGAGGACGCAUUCUGGAUGAUGGCAACGAUCGUGGAGGACCUGCUGCCGGCCUCCUACUACUCGUCCACCCUGCUCGGCAUCCAGGCCGACCAGCGCGUCAUGCAGACGCUGAUCGGCAACUACCUGUCGGUGGUGGACGAAACACUCAAAAGCCACGAUAUCGAACUGUCCCUGAUCACCCUCCACUGGUUCCUGACGCUGUUCGCGAGCGUCGUGCACAUGAAGAUACUGUUGCGCAUCUGGGACUGGUUCUUCUACGACGGGUCGAUCGUGCUGUUCCAGCUGACGCUCGGUCUGCUCAAGAUAAAGGAACCGAACGUAAAGAAUCUGGAAAAUUCGGCUCAAAUCUUUAACUCGCUGUCGGACCUGCCGGGCGACAUAGACGACGUGGAGCAUCUGUUUGCGGUGUCGCUCGACGUCGGUGGCUCCCUAUCGCCCAUGGUCAUCGAAACGCAUCGCCGGCGCCAUCUCGCCUACCUGAUGGCCGACCAGGGCGGGCUGGUGGGUAACCCGGAAGCAGCUUCGAACCUGCCGAAGCAACAGCUCGUUCGUCGGCAGAUGAAAAAGUCGAAAUCCAUGCUGCAAACGAUCCUGUUCGGCAACGGCACCGAUGGGGACGACGAGCUAAAGUGCAAAAACAUUCGUACGACCGAGUUGCUGGUGGAUUUGCGGGAAGCGAUUCUUAAGGUGGCACGCCACUUUCUCGCCAUCGAACCAAAGCUGGCGGCACACAUUAAGCUGGUGGCGGAUUACGGGAUGGACAGCCACGCCAAGGACCACGAAAACUAUAUAAAUGUGUCACGGACACGGAGCCGUCGGGCGAAGGCCCUGCACGACUUUGAGCGGCACGAUGACGAUGAGCUGGGCUUCCGGAAGAACGACAUCAUCACGAUCGUGAGCCAGAAGGACGAGCACUGUUGGGUGGGUGAGUUGAACGGGUUGCGUGGUUGGUUUCCGGCCAAGUUCGUUGAGCUGCUGGACGAGCGCAGCAAGCAGUACAGCUGCGCCGGAGAUGAUGCGAUCUCGGAGACGGUAACGGAUCUGGUCCGGGGCACUCUGGCGCCCACGGUCAAGCAGGUGCUCGAGCACGGCAUGAAGCGCCCUUCGUUUCUCGGCGGCCCGUGUCAUCCGUGGCUAUUCAUCGAGGAGGCAGCAACGCGCGAGGUCGAGAAGGAUUUUGAAUCCGUUUACUCGCGCCUGGUGCUGUGCAAAACGUACCGGCUCGAUGAGGACGGCAAGGUGCUGACGCCCGAGGAGCUACUGUACCGCUGCGUGCAGUCGGUCAACCAAAGUCACGAUGCGGCGCACGCCCAGAUGGACGUGAAGCUACGAUCGUUGAUCUGUCUCGGGCUAAACGAGCAGGUGUUGCACCUAUGGCUCGAAGCGCUCUGCAGCUGCACCGAGAUCGUGCAGAAGUGGUACCAACCGUGGAGCUUUGUGUAUUCGCCCGGCUGGGUGCAGAUCAAGUGCGAGCUGCGGCUGCUAUCCCAGUUUGCGUUCAACCUCAACCCGAACUGGGAGCUGCCGGCCAAACGGGAAACCGUGCAAAGUCAACCGCUGAAGGACGGUGUGCGGGAUAUGCUCGUGAAGCACCAUCUCUUCUCGUGGGAUCUCUAAUGUUCCUUUUCCAUUCCGAUCCGCAUGCUUUAUGUGAGAUUAGUCGAUUUGGUUGUUGUUUUUAAGUUGUCCCCUUUAGGAGCGUUGUGUAGCUGGCUAUAUAUUUUUUAACUAGAUUUGUUAGCAAACUGUUGUCCGAAGUUCCCUCCUCCUGGAUACAUUUUCACUCCUCUCUCUCUCUCUCAAGUCUGUUUUAUAGUGUAAGAAUUGUUUUAUCGCCCGGUCUCCUCAUCCAGCGUUAAGUUGUUACAACGAGAUUUUUGUUACUCAUUUAUUUUUGCCACUGCAAUCAUGACGCAAAAGGCAGCUACCAGUUUUCGCGUCCUUUUUGUGGUGUGUGUGUGUGCAAUAACAGUAUUACAAAUCAACUCCCGUGCCUCUCGUACGCCGGCAAAACGAAUCCUUUUAUGUGAGAUUUUAAAAAUUUGUCCCUCCUAGCAAAGCUUUGUUUUUAUUAAUUUUUAAUCUAUUUUUACAUAACAAAAUGUUUUUACUACUAUCGUACGUGUGUUAGUAUUGUUGUAAUCCGUACCGGUCCAGCUGAAUCCUUCGUUAGGAUCAACUCAUAAUCGAAAGCAUCCAAUUAGAUCGUUUCCCCGUGUCCGGAAAUGGUUUCACUGUCUUUUGGACACCCAAUUCAAACGUGCAGAAAAAUCCUCCUGUGGACGACAAAUCAAAAACCUCUUCUCCGUAGAUAGACGAUAUGCUAUUGAUUACGUGCGUGUGCGUGUGUUUUUAUGUAUGACGAUAACGUUAACGUUAAUGCAAAUAAUAACAAAAUACAGAGUUCAAAUAUUAAA